AUGAAGAGGACAAAACAAAACAGGUUUUCUAAUCACCGUAAAAAGAAAGUUGCUAAGAGCACGCAAAACCACGAGCAAAACCAGACAGCCGAGUCUGGCACUGAAGAGAGCGUCCAGCUGCCACGAAAGAAAGUAAGAUGGGAGGGCAAUUCCGAAUCAGUGGCAGCUGCAGCAGGUAUGGAGAAUGGUAGCUCAGAGGACGAUGCGAGCACAUCAAAGGUAAAAGGACGUGUUGCGGGCGCGUACUAUGAUUCUGUUAGGUGCAUAGUCUAUGUACUUGAAGAUACGCAAGAGGAUGUUCACUUCGAUCUUACGAACAUGCUUCUCGAACAGUGCAACGCUGACGUAGUGUUGACUAGCUCCAAAGCCGAUGACCCAUUUAUAUCGGUCCUUCAGAAAUUUGCUGAGGCUUCUGGAGGGGUCUUUCAAAUCAGGCCACAUAAAGAGUUCACUCCUCACAGAGGGAGAGACCGCUUGCUGUCGCUCCGUUUUCUCUCCGAGUUGACAACCGAAGAUACUGGUCAAUGUUUGUCAUCCGACAGCAAUUCAGGCGCUGAGCCAAGAAACGCAUAUGAAUUUAUGCAAAAACGCAAACAGGCAGCAGGCGACCCAACCAUGAAAAGAUGGAAUGCGGCGAUUAGGUUGGCCAACUAUGCAUCGGUGGAGUCUUCUCUUUGUAUCUCGUGCCUCGGCGCUCUGCUCGACUACCUUGCGAGGGAGCGAGCGGCAGGCGACCUGGAUAAUGAUGCAGGAGUCGAGGGGCUCAACAUCUCUGGCAUCGAAGUGUUGACCAUAGAUCAGGUCAUGCAUAUCAAUGCUGACGCACUUUUUUCCCUUCAGAUAUUCGAAAAUGAGAGCCACGCGUCCAUCCACUCUGAUAAGACAAAAGAGGGGUUGUCGCUUUUUGGUAUUCUUGACAAUACUCGGACACCCUUGGGUCGUUCAUUGCUCCGCACCUGGCUCAUGCGCCCGUCUCUGUCCAUUCCUGUUAUCGCAGCCCGUCAUGACGCUAUUGAAUGCUUUCUACAUCCGGAAAACUUAGCACCUGCGAGUACUUUGCAAACUCACUUGAAGGGUGUCAAGAAUAUUCCGAGGAUCCUCGGGCUCCUACAAUCUGGGAAAGCCAGCGUUGGCGACUGGCAAGGCCUAGUGAAGUUCACAUAUCACUCUGCAAUGAUACGCGACGCCCUGGCGGAACUUCAUGGAGGUGAUCAAGUAGAGGUUGUACGUAAGUUAGUUGCAUCGUUGGACAUUGCGAGUUUCAAGGACACCGGAAAUGCUGUCAACGAGACAAUUGACUGGGAGGAAUCUACCAACAAGAAUCGCAUAUGUGUUAGGCCGUACAUUGAUGAGGAACUAGAUCAGAGGAAACACGUUUACGCUGGAUUGGACUCUGUCUUGUGUAAAGUCGCUGAACAAAUAUGCCAGAAGAUUCCUGUGGAUUAUACGGCGUCUCUAAACGUGGUAUACUUCCCACAACUAGGCUUUUUGAUCUGCGUUCCAAUGCAGGAGAAAUGGAGGUCUGAGGAGGGCAUCAAUGUUCUAGACGGAUGGAGCUUCCAGGUGAGUCCUGACGUUGUCCCUGCCCUUGACAUGAACCUUAUUUCAAGAAAUCGUGCGAUUCAGGUCAAAGACAUGGACACCCACAUUGGCGAUCUCCACCCAUCAAUAGUCGACCGUGAAAUAGAGAUCGUCCAGGAGCUCUUGGAACGGAUCCUUGUAUGCAGUGAAGGGAUGAGGCACACAUGUGACGUUUGUGCUGAACUAGACUGCCUGCUUGCCUUCGCCGAGGCUUCUCGAGCAUACAAUUACUGUCGGCCUCAGAUCUCAGAGGAUCCUAUCAUCGACAUUGAUCAAGGACGACAUCCCUUACAAGAGCAGGUAGUCGACAUUUUUGUUCCCAACAAUGCUCAGCUUUUAGCUGGUAUCGGUUUCGGUGACAGUGCUGAACCACAGACAGAAGUUGACAACCCGCCAAUGUAUAGCAGCAUUGUUUUGUGCACUGGCGCGAAUGCGUGUGGAAAAAGCGUCUACCUGAAACAGGUUGCUCUAAUUCAAUACAUGGCCCAGGUUAGUAACCGUUCCGAUUUUGUCCCAGCGGUAUCUGCCACCCUGGGAAUUGUCGACAAAAUCUUUACUCGUAUACAGACACGCGAAUCAGUAUCCAAAGCCCAAUCUGCUUUUAUGAUUGAUCUCAACCAGGUUUCCCUGGCCCUCCGAAAUUGUACCGCAAAAUCUCUCAUUCUCCUUGACGAAUUCGGAAAGGGGACGAUUCCUGCAGGCUCCAUAACUGUUGAUUCUUACUUGUCCAUAGACGGGACUGGAUUGUUUUGCGGUGUCAUCAAGCAUCUUCUCAACCGAGGGUCUCAGUGUCCUAAGGUUUUAGCUGCCACACAUUUCCACGAUGUCUUCCAAAAGGACAUGCUCGAUCCCCACAAGUUCCCAAUCACAUUCCUCCACAUGCAAGUCCUUUUCACUUCAAGCAAAGGCAACCUCAACCCCGGUGACGUGUCGAUGUCUGGAGACUCAAAAUCAACCGAUCACGAACGACUGGAACCUACAUCUGUUGUCGCCCCUGGAGAAAAGAUAACUUAUCUUUAUCGUGUCUCCCCGGGUCUUUCCCGCAACUCUCAUGCAGCUCAAUGUGCUACAAUGUUUGGUUUGCCGUCCCGUAUUGCGCAGCGUGCGCAGUACGUCAGCAAAUUGUUGGGUGACCAUGAACUCGGUCAGCUUUUGGAGGAGGAAAUGACUGCGGAGGAGCAAGAAAAUAUCAAGGCUGCUGGGAUCGCCACCUACAAAUUUCUAGCCAUGGAUCUCACGAACGAUUCUCAUGAAAAAGACAUCAAACCAAGGCUUGUAGAGGCGCUUGGCCGGGCUCCUCAUGGAUGA